UAUAAACGACAUGCCAGAGGGAGUGAACAGCUACAUAAAUCUGUUUGCUGAUGAUGUGAAACUGUGCUGAGUCAAUAAACAAAAAGAGGGUUGUGAAAUACUACAGGAAGACUUACGCCCCAUUUCUUAAACAGUGUAAUCCUGGGAUACCAUGUAGUAAGUUAGGUGGACACACAGAAUCCGAUUUCUUAAAAGAAUCUGACCCGGUUCUGUACCUGGCUAGGAUCCCACAAUAUUGGAACAUUCGGGUGUUGACCCAGCACACAACGUCGGGCAAGGAUACCCACCCGAAAGAGAAAAACGAAAUGUAAGAAAUGUAUUCAUGAUGUAUAAAAUCACUUCAGAGUAAACAAUAUAUAUGUUAUUUUUCUGAAUUUUGUUAGUAUUUCUCUAUUCUUUAAAAGCAGUAACCCUAUAAUCACUAAUAAAAUGUUUUAAGACAACAUGCAUGGUCGCGCUGGGAUUGUGGCGCGUCACAAGCAAAACAAACUUCAUCUGCUGAGCUGCACCAAGCUGGGAAUUACUUCGUAAUAAUGGCCUUAGAACUUUUCUGUGGCAUUGUUAAUCUCCUACAAGAACUUGACUAUGAGGAAAUAGAAGAAAUUCGGCGCUUGAGAUUACCACGUACAGUACUACGGGAUCGCAGUAACCCAAUGGUAUACCUCACGGAAGAGGAAUUCAUCCAAAGGUAUCGACUAUCAAAGGAUGGCGUAAGGGAUGUGCUUGAAGAGAUCACACCCUACUUGGGAAGAAUACGAGAUGGAAGAGGAAUUAGUGUGCCGCAGUACCUGCAGCUUCUUGUGUCGCUUCGCUAUAUGGCGACAGGAAACUUCCAAAUCACGCUCUCAGAUUGUGCAGAGAUGUCGGCAGCAUCCAUUUGCAGAUUUAUGAGGUGUAUUGCAACAGCAAUUGCCUCAACUGCCCCACGCCACAUACACUUCCCUGAUCAUCAAGAGACUUAUGCCAUUGUCAAUGAAUUCUACAGGAUUGCUCAACUACCUGGAGUAAUUGGCUGUGUUGAUGGAACUCAGAUAAAAAUCAAAAGUCCAGGGGGGGGAUGAUCCUGCACAUUACCGCUGUAGGAAGGGAUUUAUGCCCCUGAAUGUACAGGGUGCAUGUGAUGCAAAAUUAAGGUUUACAAAUAUUGUAUGUAGUUGGCCUGGCUUCACACAUGAUGCAAGAAUGUUUGAAAAUUCCAGAAUUUACACAAAGCUUGAACAGGGAGGAUAUUCUGGGCAUCUGUUGGGUGACAGUGCAUACCCAUGUACUCCUUUUAUACUAACUCCAAUACUAAAUCCUAGAAAUGAAAAAGAAGAGAGAUACAACGCAGCACACAUUAGAACUAGGAAUACUAUAGAAAGGGCUUCUGGUGUGUGGAAGAGAAGAUUUGGAAUCCUAAGUAUUCAAAUGUAGACCAAGCUUGGUACCACAAAGCUUAUUAUCAUGGCAUGUGCUAUAUUGCAUAAUAUUGCUAUUUCAAGGCGGUAUCCACUUGUAGAUAAGCCAUGCUGCCCAGAAGGCAAUGAUGUUAAUGAGGUUAGACAUGCUGCUGCUGCUGCUGACGAUGAAGAUGAUGAUGAUAUAAAUGGUGGUGAAAUGGAAGUUGAUGGUGCUUAGGGGGGUGCUAACAAGAGACGGUUGCUUAUCGAAAGGUGGUUUUAGGUCAGGGGUGGCAGGGAAUGGCUGUUGGAUUUAACAUUCUGAGUAGACAUAUCUGAUAUGUUGAAUGAACUGAAAUUAGAUUUGCAAGGAAAACAUAUAACUAUAGUUGACAUGAUUAGUGAUGUGACAUCAAGCAGAAACUAAAACUAGUGUCUUCACAGCUACAGCAACGUGCACUGAGAAAUUUCAGAAAUAUGAUAUCAGAACUGGAAAAUGAAGGUAAACAAUGUGAUCAGUUUAACAGUGGUCGCUAUACUGAACAGGUACAAUAUCUCGCCUCAGAUUUUGACGGGUUUUCAAGAUAGAGCAGCAAUGGAACCUGUUGCAACAUAUAUGUAUCAUACACAAUCUUACCCUUCCUACCCAUAUUCUUACCUAAUACUUAUAGGGAGAACUCUACCAGUUUGUGCUAUUUCACAAUAGUUUAUGAUCUUUUAUUGAUAAACUUUCCAUCUCUGUUCUUUCAAUGUAUAUUUAUGUGUAUAAUUUCUAAGUGGAAGAUGACAUAUACAGAGAAAUGUACACCUCAAUGGGCAAUGUAAUGUUUUUAUGUUUGGUUGUGUUGUGGAGAUACAAUUAAAAUGUACAAGUAUAAAAUAAAAUAACAAUGCUACACUUC